AUUUAUUCCAAAUUUGCCAAACACGCCCUCUCCCGCAAAGCUAGAAAACCUCCACCACUCUCACUCCGCCAUUUCCAGUUUUCCACUCUCUCUCUCUCUCCAACCGCUCGCAACAACAAUGUGUGAAAGCGCUUUCUCGAGCCUCUCCGACGACGUCAUCCUCAACAUAUUCUACAAGCUCGCCGACGAUCCUAGGGUUUGGGCUCGGAUCGCCUGCGUCUCCACCAAAUUCUCCGCCCUAAUCCGGACCGUCUGCUGCAGAACCAAAUGCGCGCAAUCGAUCCCCGCCGUCGUCUCCGAUCUCCACCCGGAGGCGGCGCCGCCGAGCGCCUGGUCCUCUCUCUACAAGCUCUCCGUCUGCUGCCCCGGCCUCCUCCACUCCGGCGUCCUCCUCGAGAACUCCGAUUUCGGCCUCGAGCGCGAGAUCGGACCCGAUCAGAUUUAUCAGGAGCACCGAUUGUCACGAGCGGCGGAAACCGCCGGAGAAGAAGUUGCUUCUUCCAGCAGCCGCGAUCGGCAACCGGUGGUCUCCGUUCCUGAUGGCGUGUGGUCGCUUUACGAUGAUUUGCUGUUUGAUACUCUGUACAGCGACUCCACUGCGCUGGCGGCUGAGGCGACGCCGGAAAUGACCGAAAUCCAGCCUGAGUUGGCGGAGACGGAGGAUCGGAAUCCCGACGCCGCUCCUUGUAAGAAGAGGAAGAUUUCUAGGUCACACAGGUCGCAUUUGGCGUCGGGGAUUUGGAAUCUGAGCCGUGAGCAGGGGAAUAAGCUGCUCGCCAGCAGAUUCAAGGGGGAUAGUCUGUACAUUUGCGAUUGGCCGGGGUGUGUUCAUGUUGAGGAGAAGAGGAAUUACAUGUUAUUUAGGGGGAUUUUUAAGAAUUUCAAGCAAUCGAGGGUUUGGAGAACGAUCAACGAUGGGUGUAGGAGCAGGAUUGAUUUGAAUUGUGCGUUUUGCGCGUCGAAACAGACAUGGGAUUUGCAUUCAUCGUUUUGUUUGAGGAGAUAUUUUGGCUUCCAUGACGACGGGGAGCCAGUCGUUAGAGCCUAUGUUUGCGAAAAUGGGCAUGUUUCCGGAGCGUGGACUGAUUGGCCUUUGUACACUUGAACCUGCAAUCUGCUUGUUUAUGGGUAAAAAAUAGUAGAAUAUAGUUUUCUUUAGCAUUAAUUAGUUAUCCGCUUUAGUUACAUUUGUUGUCAAUGUUUGUUAUCUUAUGACUCUUUCAAGAUAUAUCUAUGUUUGUUUAGUUUGUGCAA